AUGGCCAGUGAUUGGAUUUCGAACGCAUCGUCGGGAUCCAAACCGGGCGUACUCGAGCUCGUGGAUCUUGAGAUCAACGACCUAGCCGUUGCAAUGCGGCGCUUCAGAGAGUUUCAAAACAGCUUUCGACCCAUCUCACGCCUACCUCCCGAGAUCCUUGUCGAUAUCUUCGAAAUCCUCUCUCUGGACUUGGAAUCUUACUCGAACUACCAUUCUGAAGACUGCAAAUGUGCUGGGGAGUUUUGUAUUGGUGUCCACUGGAUUGGGGUCACGUAUGUUUGCCGUCGCUGGCGGAAUGCCGCCCUUGCAGAUGCUAGUCUCUGGGCCGCCUGCGUUAACGUUCGUACGUGCGCUGCACUCGAGGCGCUGCUCGCCCGAUCCAAGCAGUCUUCUCUGCACCUUGAACUGAAAUUUGAUCCCAACGAUCUUAACUGCGAGACCGACUCGAUGUACGUCGUUGCUAACCGGCAUGACAAGGACAGCCAGCGCACGACCUUCUCCUUGUAUCGCGAGAUAUUUUCUCGUUACAAUGUAUGGCCUCGCCUCGUACAUCUUGCGGUGGACAUGUUCGAAGACUUUGAGAUCGAGUACCAAAACACCCUCGCUCAAGUUAUGGAUGCGGUAGCUGAACUUCUCGACCAACCUGCCCCCGAGUUAGAGGUCUUGAGGCUGACUACGGAGGGACUUGUACAUGUUACACUUCCUCCGAUUCUGUUCUGUGGCUACACACCGCGCUUGAAGAAGCUCAGCCUGGAGGGCGACAUCAUAUUUUCCAUACAACCGAUCUCUCCUCUCUUUUGCGACCUGAGAGAACUAUCUUUAUCUUCCCUCCCCCCUACGUACUUCGUCUCACCGGGUCAAAUUCCACAGAAUGUCCAGAGACUCCAGAAUCUGUGUCAUCUCCUCCACGAGUCACCCAAUCUCCAACGUCUGCACAUUUCGCAGCCCAUACGCCGUGUUGACCCCGCCACCUUUGAUAUCGCACCCUCCUCUGACUCUCUACCCGUAGCUCUUCCUGGCCUUACAGAUAUCUCAUUCAAAAACAUGGACACAAAAUCUUGCCUAGCACUCCUUCGUGCUUUAUCUCUCCCGCUGUCUGUGUCUCGACUCGUCUUGGAUGACCCUGUCUCAAAGGAUUCCGAAGACGACGUCUGGGAGCUGAUGGGCUCUUUCAUGUCAGGCGAAAAUCCCGAUCUCUUCUAUGCCCACCCAGACCCAGUCUCGACACUCAAGAUUGUCUUCUCCACAAUGAUCGAAUGGCACUGUUUCUCAGAGGCUCUCUCGCCUCAUCCCAUCUUCGGUUUGAAACUCGGGCGGUACAGAUCGGAAUACGAUCUCGACAUCAGACUAGGAAGGGACAUCCCAGCGAUGUACACCCGCGCGCUCCCCGUGUCUCACGUCCAAGAUCUCACCAUAACCUUUUCAUACCAGUACGACUACCGCUGGCUCGACCCCUGUUUCCCCCUCGAAAACGUGUCCACGCUCCGCUUCGACUCAUUCCUCGGAGGGUUCCUCCUUCUCGCCAAAGCGCUCGCAUGUGUACCAUAUGCAAACGGAAGGUCAGAUUAUCCAACCCUGAGUCUCGGGAAGGAAGACUUCUUGCUCUUCCCCGAGCUUCGUUCCAUAUACUUUGAUCAUCCCGGGCCACCCGUCAGAUCAUCCACGGGCGCAGAUGCACCGUGGCAGCUCCGAGGAAUCGAGCGCGAUGAAAAGGAGCUCAUGGAGGCAUUCGAUCAUUUGAAGAUGCGUGCACGGCAGAGAGGUUCGCGUCUUCGCGCAUUGCAUUUAUCUUCUGCGAUGCAAGAGGUCGCGGAGCGUGUGAUGGUGGAGAGUCGUAUUAAUGUCUAUGGUUUGGAUGAGGAUACUGAUUCAGAGGAGGAGGAAGAGGAGGAGGGAUGGUAUGAGGAUGAUGACCGUGACGGGAACCAAGGUGGCGAAGAAUAUCAUGAGGAUGAGGAUGUGGAGGAGAAUGAGGAUGAGGAUGAGGAUGUGGAAUCCGAGAGAGAUGUGGAAUCUGACGUGACUUUAGACUGGGGUGAAGAAUUACUCCGAGCAGGACUGUAG